GUCCUCCUUCGGCGCCAAACUCGUAGAGAUUCGACGGCCCGCUCGUCGGCCUCGGCGUUCUGGGCCCGCGUUAGAAUCCGGGACCGGACGGACGGGAAAGCUUACCCGAGUGGGGACCGUAAGGGAUUCACCUUGAAAACCUAGGGGAGACCGCGGGUUCGAGUCGGGAAUUGAUUAUUUUUCUGCUGCUUCCCUCUCAACAUGAAAGAGGAUCAAGUUGUGCAGGAAGAAUUGGGAUUCCAAGAUGAAGAGGAAUCUUUGUUUCAAGACAUUGACUUGUUACAAAAGCAUGGAAUUAAUAUGGCCGAUAUUAAGAAACUGAAGUCUGUAGGAAUCUGUACCGUCAAAGGGAUACAAAUGACGACCAGAAGAGCCCUCUGCAAUGUCAAAGGGCUCUCAGAAGCCAAAGUGGACAAGAUUAAAGAAGCAGCCAACAAACUUAUUGAACCAGGAUUCCUAACUGCAUUUGAAUACAGCGAAAAGAGGAAGAUGGUUUUCCAUAUCACCACUGGGAGUCAGGAAUUUGAUAAAUUACUAGGAGGUGGCAUUGAAAGUAUGGCAAUAACAGAAGCUUUUGGAGAAUUUCGUACUGGAAAAACUCAGCUGUCUCAUACCCUCUGUGUGACAGCGCAACUUCCAGGAGCAGGUGGCUACUCAGGAGGAAAGAUUAUCUUCAUUGAUACAGAAAAUACUUUCCGUCCAGAUCGCCUUCGUGACAUUGCUGAUCGCUUCAACGUAGACCACGAUGCAGUACUGGACAAUGUACUCUACGCUCGUGCCUAUACUAGUGAACAUCAGAUGGAGCUACUUGAUUAUGUUGCAGCCAAGUUUCACGAAGAAGCUGGCAUUUUCAAACUAUUGAUCAUUGACUCAAUAAUGGCACUUUUUCGAGUGGAUUUCAGUGGCCGUGGGGAAUUGGCUGAGCGGCAGCAAAAAUUGGCCCAGAUGUUGUCACGACUCCAAAAAAUCUCAGAAGAAUAUAAUGUUGCUGUUUUUGUGACCAAUCAAAUGACUGCAGAUCCAGGAGCAACUAUGACCUUCCAGGCAGAUCCCAAAAAACCCAUUGGCGGACACAUUCUGGCUCAUGCUUCAACAACAAGAAUAAGCUUGCGAAAGGGAAGAGGAGAACUGAGGAUUGCCAAGAUUUAUGACAGCCCUGAGAUGCCUGAAAAUGAAGCCACCUUCGCAAUAACUGCUGGAGGAAUCGGGGAUGCCAAGGAGUAGGUGGAGAAUUGGUACAGAUUGCUUCUUGGUGCUUAUUAGGAGCUGGAGAAAUGGAAAAGCAGUCUUGAUUUUACAUCUUGAAAUAAGAGUUUGUUUGCUUUUCUCCAUGUGUUAUUAAAGGAAAGUCAGAAAAGAGAUUUAAAGCUUAUAUUUAUCUUAAAAGUUCCAGCCUGAUAUAACCAACUAUAUAUACACUGCUUGUUGAUUGAGAAAUAUGCAUACAUAUUCUUGAAUUACUUGAUAGACACAUAUGCAUACAUGUGCCUGUCAGGUAUGGGAAAGGGUACUCAGUACCCUUCCUUCUGUCUUUCAAAGUGAGCCAUUAAGCAUACAGAAAGCCAAGGAGCUCAAAGAUGUCCCACUCCCUCAGACUUCCCUCAGACCAACAUUUUCUGGGAUAUACAUACAAUGACCUAUGUAACUGGAUGCUGUUCCCCAAGAGGGAGAUGUGUAAGGGGGAAUGUUUAGAGUACACCAAGGAGCUGUUGGUAUUCACACUGGCAGCCUGCACAUGCAUCUUUACAGCAACAGAAGAGAAACAGUAGGCCAACUUUUAAGUCAUUUGACUUGUCAAGUUGAAAUGACUUUUAAAAAAUGCAUUAUGAUAAUUGGGCGUGGUGGUGCACACUUGUAACCUCAAUAUUCCUGAGACCUAGGCAGCUUUAGCUACAUAGUGAAUUCAAGACUAGCCUGGGCUAUAUGACAUUGAUCUAAAAAAGCAUGUUUGUAAACCUUAAAAAAAAAAAAGCAUGUUUGUAUAUUUUGGGUAGAAAAUUCAAAGUGUUUUAAAAUUUUAGAGCUAAUUUAAAUG